AUGUGGUUUGACAGCCAUAUUCAUAUAGCAGACACCACAGAGAACCAAACUGGAACCUCAUUUGACAAGAGCUCUGCUACUUGGGCCGCCCUCGCACGUGUUGCUGGCCUUUGCAAUCGUGCCGUCUUCCAAUCAAAUCAGAACCAUCUUCCAGUCCUUAAGCGAGAGACAGCUGGCGAUGCCUCAGAGUCUGCCCUGCUGAAGUGUAUUGAGCUGUGCUGUGGUUCAGUCAUUGAAAUGAGAGAGAAGUACACAAAGAUUGCUGAGAUCCCUUUCAACUCCACCAACAAGUAUCAGCUCUCAGUCCACAAGAAUCCCAAUUCUUCAGAGUCUAAGCACCUGCUGGUGAUGAAGGGAGCCCCUGAGAGAAUCUUGGAUCGAUGCUCUACUAUUGUGAUUCAAGGAAAAGAGCAGCCUUUGGAUGAUGAAAUGAACGAUGCUUUCCAAAAUGCUUAUGUAGAACUCGGAGGUCUCGGAGAAAGAGUGCUGGGUUUCUGCCACUUUAGCCUCCCUGAUGACCAAUUUCCUGAGGGUUUUGCAUUUGAUACUGAAAAUGUGAACUUCCCCACUGAGAACCUGUGUUUUGUUGGCCUCAUGUCCAUGAUCGAUCCCCCUCGUGCGGCUGUACCAGAUGCUGUGGCCAAAUGCCGGAGUGCUGGAAUCAAGGUUAUCAUGGUUACUGGAGACCAUCCAAUUACAGCUAAGGCUAUUGCAAUGGGUGUUGGCAUCAUCUCUGAAGGCAAUGAGACUGUGGAAGACAUUGCUGCACGUUUGAACGUUCCUGUUGGAGAGGUCAAUCCAAGAGAUGCUAAGGCCUGUGUGGUCCAUGGUGGAGAACUGAAGAAUAUGAAUGAAAGCGACCUGGAUGAGAUCCUCAAAUACCAUACAGAAAUUGUUUUCGCCAGAACUUCUCCACAACAAAAGCUGAUUAUCGUGGAAGGUUGUCAGCGACAGGGUGCCAUUGUGGCCGUAACCGGUGAUGGUGUCAAUGAUUCUCCUGCUCUGAAGAAGGCUGACAUUGGUGUGGCUAUGGGUAUCGCUGGAUCUGACGUAUCCAAACAGGCUGCUGACAUGAUUCUUCUGGACGACAACUUUGCCUCAAUUGUCACUGGAGUAGAAGAAGGACGUCUGAUCUUUGACAACUUGAAGAAGUCUAUUGCCUACACGCUGACUAGUAAGAUCCCUGAGAUGUCACCCUUCCUCAUGUUUGUCCUCAUUGGUAUUCCUCUACCUUUGGGCACCGUCACCAUUCUCUGCAUUGACCUGGGCACUGAUCUGAUUCCUGCUAUCUCAUUGGCUUAUGAAAAUGCAGAAAAUGACAUCAUGAAGAGACAACCCAGAAAUGCUCAAACAGACAGGCUGGUGAACGCGAGGCUAAUCAGUAUGGCAUAUGGUCAAAUCGGUAUGAUCCAAGCAGUUGCAGGGUUCUUUACCUACAUCGUGGUUAUGGGUGAGAAUGGAUUCUGGCCCAGUUAUCUGCCAGGACUUCGAGUUGGUUGGGAAGACAGAUCUAUCAGUGACCUGGAAGACAGCUAUGGUCAACAAUGGACCUUUGAGGCCAGAAAGAUUAUAGAGUCCACUUGCCACACAGCAUUUUUCAUCAGUAUUGUGGUUGUGCAGUGGGGUGACUUGAUCAUUGUAAAGACCAGAAGAAAUUCCAUCAUACAGCAGGGAAUGAAAAACAAAGUCCUCAUCUUUGCCUUUUUUGAGGAAGCUGCUCUGGCAGCUUUCUUGUCCUACUGCCCAGGCAUGGACGUUGCCGUCAGAAUGUAUCCUCUAAGACCAUUGUGGUGGUUCACUGCCUUCCCAUACUCACUUCUCAUCUUCAUCUAUGAUGAAGUUAGAAAAUACCUCCUACGACAGAAUCCAGGAGGCUGGGUGGAAAGAGAAACAUACUAUUAA